UUAAAUUGUGAUUCAAUGGCCCAGCAAAACAUGAAAGUGCGCCCAGUGCUACUGAAGAGAAACAGUCUGGAUUCAUUUGAUUUUAUGAGGCAGCCACAUCACCGCAGAAGCAAAUCUCAGCAAGUUCGUUUCAAGGAUGAUGGUAUCAACACAAAGACAGUGGAUGUCACUGAUCUGGAUAAUAAUCCUGCCCAAGACAUUGCAUUAAUGAUUGAAAAUACAGAAAUAUCUCAACAACACAAAUUUUUGUUACAACCUCCAUCUUUUCCAAAAGCUCAGAAGGGGCUUCAGAAUAUUGCCAUACAAACAUCUCCUAGCCUCAGGAAACACUUCCCUGUUUUUAGAAGAAAAAAGCUGCUGGUAAGCAAAUCACUAACAGAAAUGCCAAGUGAGACUAAAGACUGCAUGCCAGUAAAUGACAAUAUUUCUGAACAAGACAUUAUGUCUUCAGACUUCUGUUACUUAAGAAUAAGUAGCCAUUUGGAAGAUGGAUUCAGGAAUAGUAAAGCGGAUGGUCAGUCAAGUCAAAGACUGCCAGAAGCACAAAAAAAUGGACAUAUCCAAAUCCACGAUUCCUCAGUAACAGAAAAGACAACUGCUUCUACACAGGUGCCUGAAUACAUUCAUGUGAAUUUUCCACAAAACAGUGAUACUUCCAUGGAUGCAUCAGACACGACCAUGAAUUUAAAUAAUUUACUGCAUUCUUCUAAUUCUUCUACUAUCAUAAAUUGUAAUGAAAACAAUGAAACCAGCAUGCUGUCAUCUAUUCCUGAAAAAAUAUACCCUUGCCUAAGUGAUUCCACUAACGGCAAUGAUUGUAAUCCUCAUUCUGAUUCUUGUGAAACAGCUAACAGUGAUCCUGAGUUGCUUGUAGUCAGCAAAGACACAAGCAGUAAAGAAACUACUCCAUUAUCACCUCCAUCGAAUCAAAGUUCAUCUCCUUGUUUCCUCAGAAGCUAUCUACAGACAGUAGAGAAUAAAACAGACUCCAGCUGUGUGACAGUAACAAAUGAUGAUCACACAGUAAUGUCAUCGACCAGCAGUAAUGCAUCAAAAUCUGUUUCUUCAGUUAGUACUGAAACUGAGAAAAAUUCUACUCUGUCUGAUGUUUCCCAAUGUAAUGGCUCUUUAGAAGGAUUUCACACGAAGUCUUAUCUGCCAAGGAAUGAAAUAAAACCACACAUCAACAAAGAGAUUAGUGAAAUAAAUCAAAUUCAUUUGACACAUGGUGAACUAUGUGCUCUACAAGGCAAGCUGCAGUCUGUAGAGGAAUCCUUGCUGUCAAACCAGGAGAAGAUUAAAGUCCUUUUGAAUGUAAUUCAAGACCUUGAAAAAUCCAGAGCCCUCAGUGAAGGGCGCAACUUCUACCACACCGGUCAAGACCUCAACAACUGCAGCACGUGUCAGAACACCGCAUGUAUAAUUUACAGUGUAGAAUAUGACUUCAGACAACAAGAAGGAAGAUUUCAACAGAUUUUGAAAAGGCUGGAUCAUGCAGAGCAAAAUCCAGCUUCAGGUUCGCCUCAGAAGCCGUCAUUUGAUCAUCCACUUCACGAGAAAAAGGAGUUGAGAAAGAAAACAAAAAAGGUGAAAAAAAAAUGCUUCUGGUGGAUUUGACUUCCUUACAGAUCUUAAACUGAAACAAUUUUUAUAUUUCAAAUGACAGUAGAGCAAAAAGAGGUUUGGAAGCACAGAAUUGAAAACACACUAUUAUGAAAUCGCUAAAGAAUAUUUAAUUGAGUAUCAAAUCAGAAGAAUUAUAUCACUGAAUAAAGACACAUGAAGGGACUGUUUCUGAAGAAGAAAUUUAAGUUUUCUUCUUUUUUCUUUUCCUGUGAUGCUCACAUUCUUUGUAAAGACAUUUUUGUUCAAGUUUCAAAAAAAAAAAAAAAAAAAGACAAGACAAUGGUAGUCAAACCUGCGGACUUCAUUUCAUAUUAAGCAACACAAACUAAAGAAAAGGAACUUCACUGACCUUUAAACAGACUGCAUAAUCAAGUAUAAGUCCAGGGGAAUCUCCUCAGAGGAGAUAAUUACAAUUAUUUCACAUCUGCAGUGAAAUAUAUUGGUUGU